AGGAGCGUGCCUAGUUCCCAGGACCGAAUUCCUUGCUGGGGGUCUCGUGCACAUGUUUCUGAAGCGGCCAGUUGUUCUUUCUUCUUGUUUCCUGCGUCGGAAAGAAUGGAGGAGUCAGAAGUCGGAGAACCUCCAACUGUUGCUACUGCUUCAGUUGCUGUUGUUGUUAAAUAUAUUCAAAGUGUAUCUUCAGUUAUUUUCGAAGAGGAUAAUCCUUCUGCAUUAAAUCAAGUAUUUGCUGGUGCAAAAGAACAAGACACUGUCAAGAGUUUUAUAACAGAUCCUCAGGUGAAAUCUAUUAUUGUAUAUCGGUCUUCGUCUUUGGAGGAUGAUGUUAGUGACACAGAAUCUGUUCCUGUUGUGGUUACAUAUGGAGUCCAACUGGCUGUACAGUACAUAACACCAAAGGAAACUGCAAUUGCAUUUAUCAAAAGAGGAGUUGUAGUGGAGGGGGACAAAAAAAUUAACAAACAGAUUUAUGUAAUCAAUUUGGAAAAUGCUACACCAUUUGACACCCUUCAUUCCUAUGUUAGCAAUGCUAUCUCACCUUUCUUCAAAACCUAUGUAAAAAUAUCUGGAAAAUCUGACAGGGAAGGUGACAAAAUGGUGCCAUCUGUUGAAAAAAAGAUAGCUGAACUGGAGAUGGGUUUAUUACAUCUGCAACAAAAUAUUGACAUUCCUGAAAUCACCCUUCAAAUUCAUCCUUAUGUGCAAACACUGAUUAAAAAAGCAGAAUCUGAGAAACGUAAGGUUACACCAGAUGAUUAUGCUGACAAAGUAGAAGAUUCUUCUUUCUUAAAUGCCUUACAAAAUGGUGUUAACAGAUGGAUUCGUGAAAUACAAAAGGUCACCAAACUUGAGAGAGAUCCAACAUCUGGGAACGCAUUGCAAGAAAUAAGUUUUUGGUUAAAUCUAGAAAAAGCACUGCUCCGCAUUGAGGAAAAGCAAAAAAGUCCUGAAGUGAAGCUGACCUUAGAUAUGCUAAAAUGUGGAAAACGAUUUCAUGCUAUUAUUAGCUUUGGAAAUGAUCCUGGUUUAAAAGAAGGUUUACAAACUGUGGCAAAUUACAAUCCAUUAAUGAAAGAUUUUCCAUUGGAGCAACUUCUCUCUGCUACAGAACUGGGCAGAAUACGAGAUGCAUUAAUUGCAAUAUUUACACAUCUAAAGAAAAUUAAGUCAUCUCAAUAUCCAAUCCAACGAUGUUUGAGACUCAUUGAAGCCAUAUCAAAAGAUUUAAUGUCACAAAUGUUAAAAGUCUUAAGUACCAGAAAAUUAAUGUUGAUGAACUAUGAAGAUUUUGAAAAGGUUAUGACCAGCACAUUUGCAGUUUUCGUGUCUUGGGAUGAUGAAUAUGACCGUUUGCAACAAAUACUACGUGACAUGGCGAAAAAAAAAAGAGAUGAUAGCUUAAAAACAAUGUGGCGUGUAAAUCCAAGUCACAAAAAGCUGCAAGCAAGAUUGGACAACAUGAGGAAGUUUCGAAAGCAACAUGAGCAACUUCGAGCUGUAAUAUUACGCGUAUUAAGGCCAGCUGCCACAAAAGCUAUUGACACACCAGAUGGUGGAAAAGAUAAACCUGGAACAGCUGAACAUCAAAUGAUUGACAUGGCUGAUGCAAAUGCUGUGCAAGAAGUAGACCUGGCCUAUGAAAAUUUCAAAGAAAUCGACCCAUUAGAUGUGACUAAAGAUGGUGUGGAAUCUUGGGAAACAGCCUUAAAAAGAUAUUCUGAAAGGAUUGAUCGUGUUGAGACUCGUAUUACUGCAAGAUUGAGGGACCAGCUUGGGACAGCUAAAAAUGCAAAUGAAAUGUUCAGAAUCUUUUCAAGAUUCAAUGCAUUGUUUGUCCGUCCAAGAAUUAGAGGAGCUAUUCGGGAGUAUCAAAAGUUGCUGAUUGGUUUAGUAAAGGAAGAUAUAGAGUCAUUACAUGACAAGUUUAAAGUUCAAUAUCCAUACAGUAAGGCAUCCAAAAUGAGCAAAGUUCGGGAUUUGCCACCUCUUUCUGGUUCAAUCAUUUGGGCUAAGGAGAUUGAGAGGCAGCUUCGUACAUAUUUGAGAAGAGUUGAAGAUGUAUUAGGAAAGGACUGGGAAAAUCAUAUCGAAGGCCAAGGGUUAAAAGCAGAUGGAGAUAGUUUUCGUCAGAAGUUAAAUACACAGGAAAUAUUUGAUGAUUGGUCACAACAAGUUCAAAAAAGAGCCCUAUUAGUUACUGGCAGAAUAUUUGCUAUUGAUACUCAAAAGGCACGUGGCAGUAAUAAAACUAACCUCAAGAUUAGAGUUAAUUUUACCAGAGAUGUGAUCACUUUAGCUAAAGAGGUACGUAACCUUAAGUGGCUUGGCUUCCGGGUUAAUCUUGCUAUUGUACGUCAAGCAAAUGAUGCAAACCAGUAUUACCCAUUUGCCAUUUCUUUGAUUGAAAGCAUCAAGACGUAUGAAAUGACAAAUGAAAAGGUUUUCAAUCGCAUGUCAAUUGCCCCUCUUGUAGCUGGUGUAAGACGAGAUAUACAAUCAUUAAUUUCUGAGGGCAUGGGACUUGAAUGGCAAUCUUACAAGUUAAUGCCUUACGUGAUGAGACUUUCAGAAGCUGUCACGGGUUACCAGGAAAAGGUUGAUGAGUUGAUGUCAAGUAUUCAAAAAAUUGAUAUUGAAGUGCAGUCAUUAGCAACAUGUGCUUACAAACGAGAAACCUUUGAGGAAAUUCUUUCGCGGAUCCAAAAAGCUGUUGAUGAAUUGAAUCUUCAUAGCUACUCAAACUUAGGUGCAUGGGUUAAAAGUUUGGAUGAACAGGUUGAGGUGAAACUUGCUGCAAGAUUGCAAGCAGGGUUGAAGGAAUGGAAGAAAGCUUUAAAUCAAGAAAAUGAAUUUAUUGAAGACGUUGAUGUAGCUUCUCACCGUCCUGGUGGCUUGGCAGAAAUAAAACCAAUACGAAUUGAAUUUAACAUCAGAAAUCAGGUCAUUGAUGUACACCCUCCUAUGGAAAAAGCCAGAGAACACUUAUAUAACGAAUUUGCUUCCUGGGUAUCCAUUAUCACUGGGCUUCAGAAAAUUCAAAGCUCCAGAUAUCAAGUUGGUGUUGAUAAAGGGGAAGGUGCUACUGACAACACCUACCAAAAGUUGUUGACAAAACUUCCUGAUGUCAAUGGUGCUUCUCCAUAUGAAGUAUAUGGUUCCAUUGAAGAUACUAUGGCUUCUGUUGAAAAAUAUUGUCAGGAGUGGCUUAGUUUUCAAUCCUUGUGGGAUUUAGAAAUGAAUAAUGUGCUUCCAAAGUUAGAAACGUUAGAGAUAUGGAUGAACCUAUUAAAUGAAAUUAAAGCCAGCAGGUCAACAUUUGACACAACUGAAACCCAUAGACAGUUUGGACCAGUAUAUGUGGAUUUCACUGCAAUUCAGACUAAAGUCAACCUAAAAUACGAUACCCUGCAGAAAUCCAUCGUGCAGCAGUUUGGAACACGUCUAGGUGAAGACAUGUCAGAUUUCUUUACCAAUGUAUCAAAAGCAAGAAGUGAUUUAGAGCAGCAAUCUCUUGAUGUGGCAACAACUGCUGAAGCAGUCACGUUCAUAACUUAUGUACAGGGAUUGAAAAGAAAGAUUAAAGCAUGGGAACGUAGUGUUGAUAUUUACCGUGAUGGGCAGAAAAUUUUAGAAAGACAGCGUUAUCAGUUCCCAACAAAUUGGUUAUACACUGAUAACAUUGAUGGUGAGUGGAGUGCCUUCAAUGAAAUUCUAAAGCGAAAAGAUGGUGCUAUGAGAACCCAAGUGACAACUCUACAACACAAGAUUGUUGCAGAAGAUCAAACAGUAGAAGAACGUACAUACAAUUUGCUUGCAGAAUGGGAUAAAGGAAAGCCCCUUGGCGGAAACACUAAACCAGAUGUGGCCCUUAGCACAUUAGCUAUUUUUGAAGGAAACUUCUCAAGAUUAAAAGAUGACCGUGACAAUAUCCAAAAAGCCAAAGAAGCAUUGGGUCUAAUUGAAGCUGGAAUUGUGCCUCCAUCAGAUGAGCGAGUUCAAGUGGCUUUGGAAGAGUUAGCAGAUUUUAAGAGUGUUUGGGCUGAGCUAGAAAAAGUUUGGACACAAAUAGAUCAAUUAAAAGAACAGCCAUGGAUUUCAAUUCAACCCCGAAAGUUGAGACAAUCACUUGAUGCUAUUGCAAACAAUCUAAAAGCCAUGCCAGCAAGAAUGCGACAAUAUGCAGCAUUUGAUUAUGUUCAAAAAAUGAUCAAAGGUUACUUAAAGAUAAAUGUUUUGAUUGUGGAAUUAAAAUCAGAAGCACUGAAGGAACGUCAUUGGAAACAGCUAAUGAGGAAACUUAGUGUUAAGUGGAUGCUAAAUGACUUGACAUUGGGUCAAAUUUGGGACUGUAACUUGCAAAAAAACGAAAACGUUGUAAAAGAUGUGAUCAACAUUGCUCAAGGUGAAAUGGCACUAGAAGAAUUUUUAAAGCAGGUUCGAGAAGCUUGGCAAACAUAUGAGCUAGAAUUAGUGAAUUACCAGAAUCGUUGCAAAUUAAUUCGUGGUUGGGAUGAACUUUUUGAGAAAGUGCAUGAACACAUCAACAGUGUGUCAGCAAUGAAGUUGUCACCAUAUUACAAGGUGUUUGAGGAAGAUGCAAUGCAAUGGGAGGACAAAUUAAAUCGCAUCCUGACUUUAUUUGAUGUUUGGAUUGAUGUGCAGAGACGUUGGGUGUACCUUGAUGGCAUAUUUUCUGGCAGCGGCGAUAUACAGCAUUUACUACCAAUUGAAACUCAAAGAUUUCAGAGCAUCAGUACAGAGUUUUUAACUAUGAUGCGUAAAGUUGCAAAACAGCCUCUCGUUAUUGAUGUGUUAAACAUACAAGGUGUUCAGCGUUCAUUAGAAAGAUUGGCUGAUUUACUUGGAAAGAUUCAGAAGGCCUUAGGAGAGUAUUUAGAAAGGGAACGAGCAUCUUUCCCAAGAUUUUACUUUGUUGGAGAUGAAGAUUUGCUAGAGAUAAUUGGCAACAGCAAAAAUGUGACACGAUUGCAGAAGCAUUUUAAGAAAAUGUUUGCUGGAAUUCACACUAUUGCUUUAAAUGAUGAUGCAACACUUAUCACAGGAAUAUGCAGUAAAGAAGGAGAAGAGGUGAAAUUUAUUGCCCCUGUUAAUCUCAUUGAAAACCCAAAGAUAAAUGUUUGGCUUACAAUGGUUGAGCAGCAAAUGAGACUGACUUUGGCAACAUUGUUGGCACAGUCUGUAAAGGAGAUUCAGGCCUUCAGUGGCGAACAAAUUGAUCCUGCUGCCUAUAUUAAUUGGGUUGAUCAGUAUCAGGCACAGCUGGUUGUGCUUUCGGCUCAAAUUGUUUGGUCAGAAUUAUGUGAGAAUGCACUUGUGUCAACUGCUACUGGUAACAUGGACAGUGUAAAAAAAGUAUUGAGUAUUGUUGAAGCAACUUUAAAUGUACUGGCAGAUUCAGUGUUACAAGAACAACCACCUGUACGAAGGCAGAAACUGGAGCACUUAAUUACUGAACUUGUCCAUCAACGUGAUGUCACCAGGCUUUUGAUAAAGCAAACUUGUUCUGGACCAAAAUCUUUCCAGUGGCUGUCUCAAAUGCGAUUUUACUUUGAUCCGAAACAGAAAGAUGUAUUGCAGCAAUUAUCCAUUCACAUGGCGAAUGCCAAAUUUAACUAUGGCUUUGAAUAUCUUGGAGUACAAGAUAAAUUAGUUCAAACACCGUUAACAGAUAGGUGUUAUCUAACUAUGACACAAGCUUUAGAAGGAAGGCUUGGGGGGUCUCCAUUUGGACCUGCUGGUACAGGUAAAACAGAAUCUGUUAAAGCAUUAGGAAAUCAGCUUGGAAGAUUUGUCUUAGUGUUUAAUUGUGAUGAAACCUUCGACUUCCAAGCCAUGGGUAGAAUUUUUGUUGGUUUAUGUCAAGUAGGAGCAUGGGGCUGCUUUGAUGAAUUUAACAGAUUAGAGGAGCGCAUCUUAUCCGCUGUUUCACAACAAGUACAAACUAUUCAACUUGCUCUUCAAAAAGGGCCAAAAGAAGCAGGAAUGCCUAUUCAAAUUGAGUUAAUAGGCAAGGAAGUCAAGGUCAGCGAAGACAUGGCUAUUUUUAUUACCAUGAAUCCAGGUUAUGCUGGCAGAUCACCACUUCCAGACAACUUAAAGAAACUUUUUAGAGGACUUGCAAUGACUGCUCCAGACACCCAACUGAUCUCACAAGUCAAGCUUUACUCUCAGGGAUUUAGAAGUGCAGAGGUUCUAGCUGGAAAAGUUGUUCCGUUUUUUAAGCUUUGUCUUGAACAGCUAUCCUCACAAUCGCAUUAUGAUUUUGGUUUGAGAGCAUUAAAAAGUGUAUUAGAAAGUGCUGGUAAUGUAAAGCGAGAAAAAAUUUUAAAUAUCAAAAAAAAUUUGCUUGCUCAAAAUGCUGGUGCAGAUGAAGCAGAAAUAACAAAGGGUUUAAACGAGCAAGAGAUUUUAAUUCAAAGUAUUUAUGAAACAAUGGUACCAAAGUUAGUUGCUGAAGAUAUUCCUUUGCUUCACAGUUUAUUGAAUGAUGUAUUUCCUGGAGUGUCUUACAUUAGCCCAGAAAUGACACAGUUGCGUGGUGAAUUAAAAAAGGUUUGUGAUGAGAUGCAGCUUGUUUAUGGGGAGAAUCUGGAAUCAGGAGCUCAGUGGGUUGAAAAGGUAUUACAAGUUUAUCAAAUAUCUUGCCUUCAUCAUGGGUUGAUGAUGGUUGGUCCAAGUGGAUCUGGAAAAUCACUUGCUUGGAGAGUGUUGCUUAAAGCUCUUGGUCGGAUUGAAGGCGUUGAAGGUGUAGCUCAUGUUAUAGACCCAAAAGCCCUGUCAAAAGAAAAAUUAUAUGGCGUGCUGGAUCCCAAUACACGUGAAUGGACAGAUGGUUUAUUUACAUACAUUUUAAGAAAAAUCAUUGACAAUGUAAGGGGUGAAUUAGGGAAACGACAGUGGAUUGUGUUUGAUGGAGAUGUUGAUCCUGAAUGGGUUGAGAACUUAAACAGUGUGCUUGACAACAACAAGCUCUUAACUUUACCAAAUGGUGAAAGAUUGAGUAUUCCACCAAAUGUGCGCAUUAUGUUUGAAGUCCAAGAUUUAAAAUAUGCAACAUUGGCUACUGUUAGUCGUUGUGGUAUGGUUUGGUUCUCUGACGAUGUUGUUUCACCUGAAAUGAUCAUAAAUAAUUUCUUAAAGAAAUUACGUGAUAUUCCUUUGGAAGAAUCUGAGGAAGAUAUACGUAGCAUGCAAACAAAAGUUGUGUCUGAAACUAAAGAUGUAGAUCACAUUUCACCAACACUACAGGUACAGAGAGAUUUUAGUGAUAUCUUAUUCCCAUAUAUGGCAUCAGAUGGUUUGGUUCUGAAGACAAUGGAGUUUGCCAGUACCCAAGACCAUAUUAUGGAUUUUACAAGAAUGAGAGCACUAAGUUCAUUGUUUGCAUUAUUGAAUCAGGGAGUGCGAAAUGUUUUACUAUACAAUCAACAACAUCAAGAUUUUCCCAUGAGUCAAAAUCACGUGGAAGCUUAUGUACCUAGGUAUCUGGUCUAUUCGUUGUUGUGGUGCAUGUCAGGUGAUGGUAAAAUGAGCAGUCGGGAGGAAGUUAGCAACUAUAUCCGAAACAUUACAACAAUUCCCUUACCUCCUUCAUCAAGUUUAAUCAUUGAUUAUGAGGUAAACAUGCAAGGGGAAUGGGUGCCAUGGAGCAACAAGGUUCCACAAAUCGAAGUUGAAACUCACAAAGUUGCAUCACCUGAUGUUGUAGUACCAACGUUAGACACUGUUCGGCAUGAGUCACUGCUUUAUACCUGGCUAGCUGAACACAAGCCUUUAGUGCUUUGUGGCCCUCCUGGGUCUGGAAAAACAAUGACAUUAUUUGCUGCCCUACGUGCUUUGCCUGACAUGGAGGUUGUGGGGUUAAACUUUUCAAGUGCUACUACACCAGAAUUAAUAAUGAAGACAUUUGAUCAUUAUUGUGAAUACAGAAGAACACCAGGUGGUAUCGUGCUUGCCCCGGUUCAAAUUGGAAAGUGGCUCAUCUUAUUCUGUGAUGAAAUUAACUUACCAGAUAUGGAUAAGUAUGGCACUCAAAGAGUUAUUUCAUUCUUACGUCAAUUGGUUGAACAUAAUGGAUUUUACAGAAAUUCUGAUCAGCAAUGGGUGCACCUGGAGCGUAUUCAGUUUGUCGGUGCAUGUAAUCCACCAACAGAUCCUGGAAGAAAACCACUUUCACAUAGGUUUUUGCGACAUGUUCCAGUUGUAUAUGUUGAUUAUCCUGGACCAUCAUCUUUAACCCAGAUUUAUGGUACAUUCAACAGAGCAAUGCUCAGAUUAAUUCCAUCUUUACGAAGUUUUGCACAACCACUCACAGAUGCAAUGGUAGAGUUUUACAGCUUAUCACAGACUCGAUUCACUCAAGAAAUGCAACCUCAUUACAUCUACUCCCCAAGAGAGAUGACAAGAUGGGUUCGGGGCAUUUUAGAAGCUAUAAAACCUCUGGAUGGUCUAGCUGUGGAAGGUCUUGUUCGUUUGUGGGCUCAUGAAGCAUUAAGAUUGUUUCAUGACAGGUUAAUUAGUGAUGAGGAACGUAGAUGGACCAACAAAAACAUUGAUACAGUUGCUAUGAAGCACUUUCCCAACAUUGAUUCACAAACUGCCCUUAAUCGACCAAUUUUGUAUAGCAACUGGUUAUCAAAAGAUUAUUUGCCAGUUGAAAGAGAAGAAUUACGUUCCUUCACACGGGCCAGAUUAAAGGUGUUUUAUGAAGAAGAACUAGAUGUGCCUCUUGUUUUGUUUAAUGAAGUGUUGGACCAUGUCUUGAGAAUAGAUCGAAUAUUUAGACAACCACAGGGACAUUUGUUGCUUAUUGGUGUGUCUGGUGCUGGCAAAACCACAUUGUCACGUUUUGUCGCAUGGAUGAAUGGGUUGUCGGUAGUUCAAGUAAAGGUCCACCGGAAAUACACAGGAGAGGAUUUUGAUGAAGAUCUCCGCAGAGUUUUAAGAAGAGCUGGUUGUAAGAAUGAGAAAAUUGCCUUCAUAAUGGAUGAGUCCAAUAUUUUAGACUCAUCUUUCCUUGAAAGAAUGAAUACAUUACUUGCUAAUGGCGAAGUACCUGGUCUUUUUGAAGGUGAUGAGUACACAACAUUAAUGACACAGUGUAAGGAAGGCUCGCAGCGGGCUGGAUUAAUGUUAGAUUCCACAGAAGAACUAUACAAGUGGUUUACUCAACAAGUAAUGACUAAUUUACAUGUUGUUCUCACUAUGAAUCCUUCAACGGAAGGUUUAAAAGACAGAGCUGCAACAUCACCAGCUCUUUUCAACAGAUGUGUUCUCAAUUGGUUUGGUGAUUGGUCUACUGGAGCAUUAUUUCAAGUUGGACAAUCAUUUACAAGCAAAGUUGAUUUGGAAAGAAGUAAUUAUAAAGCCCCUGACUACCUGCCGAAAGUUUAUGAAGAUUUGCCAAUGCCUCCAACCCACCGAGAUGUUAUUGUCAAUGCAAUGGUAUUUGUACAUCAAACAUUACACACUGCAAGUGAUAGAGUUGUUGCAAGAGGUGGUAGAAGUGUAGCAAUCACUCCAAGAAGUUAUUUGGAUUUCAUAAACCAUUAUAUGAAUUUAUUUAAUGAAAAACGUUCUGAUCUUGAAGAACAGCAACUUCAUUUGAAUAUUGGUUUGCAGAAGAUUCGUGAUACAGUCCAACAAGUGGAAGAACUACAAAAAAGUUUAUCAAUGAAGAGCCAGGAAUUGGAAGCUAAAAACUCUUUAGCUAACCAAAAACUUAAGCAGAUGGUCAAAGAUCAACAGGAAGCAGAAAAGAAGAGGGUAACAUCAACAGAAUUGCAAGUUCAUUUACAGAAACAGACUGAUGCAAUCAAUAUAAAGAAAAAACAGAUUAUGGACGAGUUAGCUCAAGUCGAACCUGCACUUUUAGAUGCUAAAGCAGCUGUAAAAUCUAUUAAGAAGGCUAAUCUUGAUGAAAUCAGAAAACUAGGCAAUCCUCCAGCUUCUAUUAAGACAGCAUUAGAGUCUGUAUGUGUUUUGCUUAAUACACCAACCACUGAUUGGAAAGAAAUUCGUGUACUUGUUAGCAAAACAACAUUUAUUCCUGGUAUUGUUAAUUUUCAAACUGAAGAUAUCAGUGUUGAAACACGUAAGCAAAUGAUGAAAUACCUAAACAAUCCUGACUAUACUUUUGAAAAGGUAAACAAAGCCAGUGUGGCAUGUGGACCACUUGUCAAAUGGGCAAUUGCGCAAGUGUCGUAUGCAGAAAUGUUACAAAAGGUCGACCCAUUGCGACAAGAGUUACAGAAUAAUGAAGACGAAAUGAUGAUGAAUCAAUCAAAGUUGGAGGGUGUAGCUGAUAUGAUCAAAGAACUAGAAAAAAGUAUUGCUAAAUAUAAAGAAGAAUAUGCUCUCUUGAUCAGUGAGGCUCAAGCGAUUAAGGCUGAUCUUGCAUCUGUAGAAGCAAAAGUAUCAAGAAGUACUGCAUUACUACGAAGUUUGGGAUCAGAACGUACACGUUGGGAGGAAACCAGUGAUGGCUUUCAAACACAAAUGGGAACUAUUGCAGGUGAUGUUCUCCUGAGCUCUGCGUUUUUGGCAUAUGGUGGUUAUUUUGACCAACAAAUGCGUUCUAGUUUGUGGUCAAUAUGGUCAGCACACAUGGAACAAGCAGGAAUAAAUUUUCGAGGUGAUUUGGCACGCACUGAGUACCUUUCGAGUGCUGAUGACAGAUUGUUAUGGCAAUCACAUUCUCUUCCUGCUGAUGAUUUGUGCACUGAAAAUGCAGUCAUGUUAAAAAGAUACAAUCGUUACCCAUUAAUCAUUGAUCCUUCUGGUCAGGCCACAGAAUUUUUAUUAAAAGAAUAUGCUGGGAAAAAAAUCACAAAAACGAGUUUCUUGGACGACGCCUUUAGAAAAAAUUUAGAAAGUGCAUUGCGUUUUGGCAAUCCCUUACUUGUGCAAGAUGUUGAGAGCUAUGACCCAAUUUUGAAUCCAGUCCUGAACAAAGAAGUCAGAAAAACUGGUGGUCGUGUGCUUAUUAGUUUGGGUGAUCAAGACAUUGAUCUCUCUCCUGCCUUUACAAUAUUUUUGUCAACAAGGGAUCCAACGGUUGAAUUUCCACCAGACUUGUGUUCCAGAGUAACAUUUGUCAACUUUACAGUAACUAGAAGUAGUUUACAAAGUCAGUGUCUUCAUGAAGUCUUGCGUGCAGAAAGACCAGAAGUUGAUGAAAAACGAUCUGACCUCCUUAAACUACAAGGCGAAUUUCAUCUUCGUUUACGGCAUUUGGAGAAAGAGUUACUGCAAGCAUUGAAUGAUUCCAAGGGAAGCAUUUUAGACGAUGACAAAGUUAUCACAACCCUGGAAACAUUAAAGAAUGAAGCUGCGGAGAUUACAAAAAAGGUCAAAGAAACAGACACUGUUAUGAUGGAAGUGGAAGAGGUUUCAGAACAGUAUCGAACUCUUGCAACUGCAUGCAGUAGCAUAUAUUUUACCUUGGAAGGGUUAAACUCGGUUCAUUUCUUGUAUCAAUAUGCACUCCAGUUUUUCUUAGAAAUUUUUCAGUCCAUAUUGUACGACAAUAAAAAACUAAAAGAUCAGAAAGACCCUGGGAUUCGUCUAAAUGUCCUCACUGAGUGUCUAUUUCAGGUUGUCUACAACCGUGUAGCACGUGGUAUUUUGCAUGAUGACCGUGUAGCUUUUGGAUGUUUACUGGCAAGAAUCAAAUUAAAAGGAAGGAACGAGCCUCAUUACGAUGUUGAGUAUGAUCACAUGCUUAGAGGAAAGGAGAUAGUGGUUCAAGCUGACACGUUAAAUCUUCCAGAAUGUACUGUAGAGCAAAAAGUUGCAUUGCUACGUUUAAGUAAAUUGGCUCCUUUUAAGGACAUUGCUAAAUAUGUUGCUUCAAAUAAAAAUGAGUUACUUGCAUGGAUGUCAAGUGUAAACGCUACACAAGCAGUGCCUAAAUGUUGGGAAACACCUGAGCCAUUAACUUCAAUUGGUGAAGUUAUGUAUGAAACCCUGGUUGUGCAAGCAUUUAGGCCAGACAAUAUUCACACAAUGCUGAGACGCUUCACAACAGCUGUUUUAGGAGACUCUUUCCUACAUGCUGCAGAUCAGGAAAUGGAUAUGGUCACAGUAGUUGAAAAAGAGAUCAAAGCACAAACACCAAUGUUACUAUGCUCUGCGCCUGGCUAUGAUGUGAGCAGUCGUGUUGAUGAUUUGGUAGCAAUGACGAAUAAACAGAUUACAUCAAUUGCUCUUGGUUCUGCUGAAGGGUUUAGUCUUGCUGAAAAAACCAUAAGUGCCUCUGUAAAAGCUGGAAGAUGGGUGUUGCUAAAGAACGUACAUCUUGCUACACAGUGGUUAGUCUCUUUAGAGAAGCGAUUGCAUACGUUGCAACCACAUCCAAAUUUUAGGCUAUUUAUGACGAUGGAGAUUAAUCCAAAAGUUCCUGUAAAUUUAUUAAGAGCGUCAAGAAUAUUUGUAUAUGAACCGCCUCCUGGAAUUAAAGCUAACUUGCUCAGAACAUUUAGCACAGUUUCUGCAACUCGCAUGUCCCAAGUUCCUGGAGAAAGAGCUAGACUUUACUUCUUGUUAGCCUGGUUCCAUGCUAUUGUGCAGGAACGUCUUCGUUAUGCCCCUCUUGGUUGGUCAAAGACAUACGAAUUCAACGAGUCUGAUUUGAGAGUUGCUUUCGACAUGCUCGACACUUGGAUUGCUUCUGUAGCUCAAAAUAGAGCAAACAUCCCUCCUGAGAAAUUACCAUGGGAUGCAUUCAGUAUGUUGCUUGGUCAAUCAAUAUACGGGGGUCGUAUUGACAACGAUUUUGAUCAGAAGUUGCUUCAAUCUUUUAUUGAUCGAUUGUUCACCAAAAAAAGUUUCGAAUCUGACUUUCCCCUUGUUACGAACGUAGAAGGUGAGAAAGGAAAAUCUGUUGAAAUUCCUGAUGGUGUACGCCGUGAACAGUUUGUGCAGUGGUGCGAAGGCUUACCUGAUUACCAAUCGCCUUCAUGGCUUGGUUUGCCCAAUAAUGCUGAGAAAGUUAUCCUUACUAACCUUGGUGAGACGACGCUUGUGAAAUUAAUGAAAAUGCGUAUGCAAUCAGAGGACGAUGAAUUGGAGUACACUCCAGAGAUUGCCACCAAGGAAGAAGGAGGUUUUGGGGUUGAUUCAAGACCACAGUGGAUGAAAACACUUCAACAAUCUGUGCGAAACUGGUUGAAUCUGCUUCCUCAGGUAAUACAACCCGUUAAACGUACCGUGGAGAACAUAAAAGAUCCUCUUUUCAGGUUUUUUGAAAGAGAAAUCAAUCUAGGUGUGAAACUUCUCAAGGACAUGCGUCACGAUCUAAACGAAAUUAUGGACGUUUGCGAGGGUCAACGAAAACAAACGAAUGACCUACGUUUGCUAAUAAGCGACUUAGUGACAGGUGUUAUACCAAAAACCUGGAACAGGUACACAACUGUUAAGGAUCUAACUGUAAUUCAGUGGGUAGUUGAUUUGGCGGAAAGAAUGAAACAGCUGCAAGCAAUCUCCAAGGCUACAAAUUCUGCUGGCGCAAAGGAAUUAAAGAAUGUUAAAGUGUGGCUUGGAGGUUUGUUUAUACCCGAAGCUUACAUAACCGCGACAAGACAAUACGUUGCACAAGCUAACCAAUGGUCAUUGGAGGAGUUGUAUCUAAAAGUCACAGUUGCUGAUUCCAAUCAACCGCUAAGAAAUGUUGAUGACUGUAGUUUUGUUGUUUCUGGUCUCAAGCUUCAAGGUGCUCUUUGCACACAAAAUCAGUUGAGUUUGGUGGAUACUAUAACCACAGAGUUACCAGAAACCUGUCUACAAUGGACUAAGAUUGAUCCUAGAAAUCCUCCUGAGCUUGGUGCGAAUGAUGUCACGCUUCCUGUGUAUUUAAAUCAAACUCGCUGUGAAUUGUUGUUUACGUUGGAUAUGACCACUACUGGGGUUGUUCCUGCCCGAUCAUUUUACGAAAGAGGGGUUGCAUUUAUUGCGUCAUUUUUAUCUGGUUAAAUGUUGAAUCGUAUUAAUAUGUUCUAUGUAUGUACACAUACACCAUUAGUGUCAUAAGAAAAAAAACAUUCACCUUUAUGAUGAAACCAAGGUCAUCAAUCGGAAAUAGUUCACUUUUAAUUUUAUUAAUUCUGUCUUACUAAGUUAUACUUGACACUAGUGUUGCCUUUUAUUUUAAGGUGGGUUCACAGCCAUUCGUCUUUCGAAUAAGGAGAAUAAGAAUGCUUUUAUUUGGCUCCACCAAUUAGUUACUUUACUCCAUUUCACCACAUUUCAGCUGAUCUCAUUGAUUUAUAAAUUCCUAUUCGACGUGGUGGUAGAACUUAUACCAACUACUGCAGCAAAUGCUGGCAAAUGAGAGAAAUCGCUUGUGCGACUACAGUGACGUGUGAACCCACCUUUCAGACACGACGUCCUUAAUGUAAACUGUAGUUUGUUGAAUAAAAUGCACUGCUCCAA